AUGAAUAGCUCAACGGAGGAAAAAUAUGAAAUGCAACAUCUGAGUAUCUCUGCUGCAGCUGCAAUAACUUAUAUAGCAGGAAUUCUAAUAAAUGGAUUUAUUUUUGCUGUGAUGGUCACUGACUGGGUGAAAGGAAGACCGGUGACCGCGACUGACCAGGUUCUCACCUCUCUUGGGAUUACAAGAAUCUUCUGUCUAUCCAUCAGCCUGUUGGAUGUCUUUCUUCACAGUUUCUUUAAAAAGAGUUCUAUAAUAUAUCUCAUUGUUUUCUGUAUGUUUGAAAUUUCCUUCUAUGCCGGCAUCUGGUUAUCAAACCUUCUCUCUGUUGUCUUCUGCCUGAAGAUCUGCAACUUCCACAAUGUCUUCUUCCGACGCCUGAAGAUUAUUAUAUUACAGAGGGUCGUCAGUCUGAUUGCUGCUUGUGUGCUGGUGCCCUUGUGUUACUUUACAAUAUUUAUUUUGCUUACUAUCAUUGAAAUGCCUAAGAAUUCAUUUAACACAACAUAUACAGAGGAAGUAUAUGAAAUACACAGGUAUAUGUCUGUACUGUGGAGCUCUGGCCUAUUUCUCAUGUUCCUAUUAUCAUCAUUUCUACUUAUUAUCUCUCUGUGCUAUCACAUGAAAAGGAUGCAACGUGAUGGAACUGUAACAGGUCAAGUAAAUAUCUAUUACAGGACCAUAACGUUUUUAACUAUUUCAUUGGUUAGCUAUGCCUUUUAUUUUGUCACUAAUAAAACUCUGUCGUUCUCUGAGGGUUCACUUGAUGACUUAGAACUAAUUUGUAUUUUUAAUCUUUUUCCAACUCUGCAUUCUAUGUACCUGAUCUAUGUAACAGCCAGGCUAAGGACUCGUCUGUCUGCCAUUCUCCAACAUGGAACCAACUGCUGGCUCAAUAGCAGACGUUGUUCUUCUGAAGCCGGAGAUCCGGUGGAGACAAUCACUCAAAGAUUUUAG